GCACACAUCCGCUCCUCUGAUCUCUACUCUCUUCAGACUACUUUCACUACACAACAAUGCCUCCCAAGACCGCCGAGAAGAAGCCCACCACCGCCGGCAAGGCCCCUGCCGGAAAGGCCCCUGCUGAGAAGAAGGAGGCUGGCAAGAAGACCACCGCUCCCUCUGACAAGAAGAAGCGCUCCAAGACCCGCAAGGAGACCUACUCUUCUUAUAUCUACAAGGUCCUCAAGCAGGUCCACCCCGACACUGGUAUCUCCAACCGUGCCAUGUCCAUCCUCAACUCAUUCGUCAACGACAUCUUCGAGCGCAUCGCCACCGAGGCCUCCAAGCUAGCUGCCUACAACAAGAAGAGCACCAUCUCCUCGCGUGAGAUCCAGACCGCUGUCCGUCUCAUUCUCCCCGGUGAGCUUGCCAAGCACGCCGUUGCUGAGGGCACCAAGGCUGUCACCAAGUACUCUUCGUCGUCAAAGUAAACUGCUAGAGUGCUUGAAGUCGUGGUUUAAGAUAGCGAUGUGUAAUGGAAUAUGGUGUAUUUUCGUUCCUUUUGUUGGUUAUGGUUUUAUGGGCCGGUUAGUGUUUGUCAUUUCUUGAGUCGAAGACUCCUGUGUUUUAUUAGUCCCGUGUACAUUAUUAUCAAUCCUAUCCCUCUUACAUCUAUUAUUUAUAUUCUAUUCUAUAUCUUACGCGUACAAUAUAUCUUCCUUGCAGUAGCAAUAAUACAAAUAACCAGGAAUGUUGCUGAGAAUGCAGCCUCAACGUCAGCAUCGUCCCAUCACCC